AUGAGUGAUACCAGUGUUGUGUCCGGUGACUACCCACAGAAUGAUUUUUCUCAACCAAGACCUGGCUGUUGGACUACUAUGGGAGCGAAUAUUUGUGUUAUGGUUUUAGCUGUCAUUACAAUACUCCUCACAGCAUUUUUGAUAUUUGUAAUAGUUCAACAUCCUAAUGUGAAGAACAAAAAAAAUGGUGGAUUUCUCAGUAUCCUUCCAUUUGGCAACAAACUUGUGAAGAAGGGUUCAAAUAAAAUUCAAUCUGGAGCACUAAAUCACGAGGAAGAAGCUGGGGAAGCGUUCGUCGAUCACAAUGAUGAUGAUAAUGAUGAUGAUGCUGAUGAUCUCGACGACUAUAUGGAGGAUGCAGAGGAAUAA